AUGGUACUUGUUGCUGGAAAGAAAUACAAACUUGUCAAGAAGCACACACGUCGAUUCACUCGUCAUGAAUCCGACCGUUACCAUCGUCUGCGCCCUAACUGGCGUAAACCAAAGGGUAUCGACAAUCGUGUCCGUAGACGUUUUAAAGGUCAACGGCGUAUGCCAAAAAUCGGUUAUGGAAACGAUAAAGCCAUUCGCCAUAUGAUGCCAAACGGCUUCAGGAAGGUUCUCGUCCGAAAUGUUAAGGAUUUGGAUAUGCUUUUGAUGCAAAACAAACGAUUCGCCGGUGAGGUGGCACACAGUGUUUCAUCGAAGAAACGGAAAGAUAUCGUUGAGCGUGCACAACAACUCAACAUUAAGUUAACGAAUGGCAACGCACGUGUCAGAUCCGAAGAGAACGAGUAG